GCAUCUGAUCAGGGCAAAGCUGCAGACAUAAGGGAUCCCAUCUUGCACCUUUUCUCUCUGUGCAUGUUUCUCUGCCCUCGUCGAUAAAUUUGAGGCUUUGAUGUUACAAUCAUCUCAGCGCAGUAGGUCUGCCGGGUAAUGACGCGGUAUUCAGACAGCCCGUCUCGCGCCUUUUUUCCCUGUGCGCAAUUUGCUGAAUCGUUCAAGCCAUGAACCUGGGGGCUGCGAGUAGCUACCUAUACAUCUCUUCAGGCGGCACUAUCUCGCCGGCACCGCGCUAAAUUUGAUUAAACAUCUUUUCGGCGCUGAUCCAGGGUCGCUGGCAAAGUCGGAAUUGUAACCCUAGUUUUCAGCACAAAAACGUCUAUCUACACCUGCGUAGAUGCGCGGCACCCAAACCCAAGCAAAAUGUUUUCUCCGCCUUCGCCAGAUUUGGGCAGAUUUCUGCAGUGUAGAUGGAAGAUACGAGCACGGCGGCGGUGCGGCCUUGUUGGCAGUGCCGCGCCGCCAGGACGAUGUUGCCAGUGCCGUCGCCGAACAUCGCGACGCACACGGCGGUCCCUAUGCUCGCGCCCGCGUGCAUGACCCGGCUGAAGCUGCCGAACACUGCAGGAAGGCCGCACAGAGUUGCUGCGUCUCCUGCGGUAAGUGGUGGGGGUGGGGUGGACGUGACGUCAACUCCGCAACCAACAUCCGGCGGCACGCGCUUGUGGAGAUGCUGCUGUGGCACAAGCGCCCUGCAUCGCUGCAGACUGGCGGCGGCGGCGGCAGCGGUGGCGGCGGCAGCGGCAGCAGCAGCGGCGGCGGCGGCGGGGGCGCAUGCGCGCAUCUUGAUAGCGGAGGGGGCGAGAAAGGCCACGUGGAGGAGGAGAGCGCAGCGCCGCCCAAUAAGAAGCGGCGCAAGCGCGCAGGCUGAGGAUGAGCCGACCGGUGUCUAGGUAGCGGUCCGCGGUGGGGCUGGCAGGGCAUGCGUAGCGGCAUGACAAGUAGUGCGGCUGUUGACAACUGUACUGCGCCUGGCUACGGUUGGCUCUGCUGUGGCAUCGCGACUGCUAGAUAGGCACCUGGUUAGUUUGGCUAUGUGCCUGUGGAAACCGACCCCGGCUAUGUCCGGGCGAUGAGGUUGUUCGGCCUCAGACUGUGGAGGGGCUCAGCCAGGGGGGGGGUAGAAAGCUCAGAUUCUUACCCCAUGCUCAAAAUUACAGAGCUAUAGGAGAGCAUUAUGCACGUACUUUUAGUUUCUUAAGGGGGUGUCUGGUGAGGAAGUUCUGGGCCGCCAAAGUUGGGGGGUCGGUCCUCGUCCCUGGGGGUCCGUCGGGUUUCGGGAGCCCAUCCCGGCGGAUUUCGGGAAGCGCCCCACAAGCAGAACUAGGGGCCAAACGCAGCAGUACGAGGCUCAUAUGUGCACGUUAUGACGUAAUAAGCACAAACAAAGCGUGGGAGGGCUAAGUUGCGCGUCCGGGCGUGGACAUGUCGGGACAUGUCUCCACAUUCAACACAUGCGCACUGACACAGCUUGGCUCUGAAGCGCUGGUGCGCUCGAGUUCACGUCUAACAAGGCUGCCGGUGCACAUUGUCCAUUCGUCACGCGGCAGAGAGUUGAGCGCGGGGUGGUCUGGGUUGAGGGGAUUUCCAUGGAUAGGAUCCCGCGGUGACCGAAGUCUCAGAACAGGACCGCUGAUGACACGGAGUGAUAGUGCUCGUCAAGAGGAGUCCAUUGACACCACUUUGGUAUUAAAUGGAGGGGUUUUA